AUGACUUUUCACAUGUGUGUGCGCUCAAACCCAAUAUUACGGAAAACAAAUCUGGCUGUUUGGGGAGCAUGGAGGUCAUGGAAGUUAAGCCUGCACUCUUCUACAGUUUGUGCAUCUUCUGGUCCUGGUCCCCUGGACAGAUCUGAAGAACUGUCCUCUGUAUCAGCUGAAAAGCCUCCUCACACGCCUGUGAUGCUUAAAGAGGUGCUUCAUUACUUAGACAUCAAGCCAGGUCAGGUGGUCCUGGAUAUGACAUUUGGAGGUGGUGGUCAUACCAAAGCAAUACUGAAUAUGGUUCCUGAAGUCACAGUCCUGGCCUUAGACCGAGAUCCUACAGCCAUUUCUCUGGCCCAGCAGUUAGCCAAGGAAUACUCUGGUCGUGUGAAACCAUUGCUUGGGCGAUUCAGCGAGCUUGAAGCCCUGCUGUCUAACAUGAACAUUAAGCCAGGCAGCAUUGAUGCUGUCCUGUUGGAUGCUGGCUGCUCCUCCAUGCAGAUGGAUCAGGCAGAAAGAGGCUUCUCCCUCAGCAAGGAUGGGCCCCUGGAUAUGAGAAUGGAUGAAGAGAGGUACCCCGACAUGCCCUGCGCUGCUGACGUUGUGAAUACCUUAGAUCAACAGGCACUUGCAUCCAUCCUCACUGCAUAUGGGGAAGAAAGACACGCCAGGAAAAUAGCUUCAACCAUUGUGGAGGCACGCCGUGUCAGCCCCAUCACCCGGACACAGCAGCUGGCCAGCGUGGUCGCAGGAUCGUUUCCUGCAGCUGUCGUCUAUGCACGCAAGGACCGCCUCCAUCGACCUGCACACGUGGCCACUAAGACUUUCCAAGCUCUGCGUAUCUUUGUGAAUGAUGAGCUGAACGAACUACAUGCUGGGCUGCGUGCUGCCCGGGCGGCACUGACACCUGGAGGACGUCUGUGCGUGAUCACCUUUCAUUCACUAGAAGACAGGCUGGUCAAACGUUUCCUCCAGGGAGAUGACUUGUCUAAUCUAGAUCGGUAUCACUUCAGCCCGAGAAAGCAAGGCACCGGGAAGGAAAAACUGGUGGAUGAAAAAAGAGAUGGUGGAAGCGUUUAUUGGCUUCCUCUGCGAAGAAAAGUGAUCGCCCCAGAAAAGUACGACGUAAAAGAGAAUCCUCGAGGACGCUCCGCUAAACUGAGGGCGGCACUCAGACGUUAAUUAUGUGACCUCAGUUAUGAAAUAACAGGAAAUCUCUCUUUUCAUCCAAACAUUUGAGCUGUUUUACAGCCAGAGUAAGUCAUACUUAAAGCAAGUUUGGCAAAGGGUGUCGAUGCAGUUACAUAAUAACUCUCCACUGUAUUUGUCUGCUGUGGAUGCUAUUUUUCUUUUUUCUCAUUAAAUUGUUCCAUAGAACACAAUUGGUGGGAAGCCAAUGAGGGUUGUCGUCCUUGAUGCUGCAUCAGUGGUUGGCUUGGGCACUGCACAUUGAAGAGGGAACUCUGGGUAAGAGACAGAAUGAAUCUCCCACACAAUAUUCCCGCUGGUUGGAUUUUUUUAUAUUUUUUCAUUGACCGGUGAAAAAAAUUAUUGGCGGCACCGUGCGUCACAAAUUUUGCAAAUGUCUACAGUAGUUAGCAGUGACAAAGACUUUUCAGACUUUCCAAAUUGGGAUAAAAACAGGCAUCAAAUACAAAGAAAUGUAUGUAUAUAUGUAACUAAGUAAUCUAAACUCAAAGGUCCACUCACAAGCUUUCACUUUGAUCUUAAUGUCAAUUCAAUGAGCGAAUCAGGCUGGUUCAUGUGUCGUCUAGGACCUUUGGUCAUGUAAUAUUACAUUGUUCCACAUUCCUGAUUCAGCUCCAUUCACUGAAUGAAGAUGUGUAAGAUGUGGUUAAGGGCUCUGAAAGCUAGUAAGCGGCCCUUUGAUUCAAGCUAAUUUUUGCUAUAUAAACUGUUCCCAAAGGUCGAGAAUGAAUAUGCAAUUAUGAAUUAAAUGAAGAUACAAUACUAAUUAGAAACAGCUGAUUAUGUUUAAUUUAAUAUAUAUGCUUAAUUUUUGGCUUUCAGAAGAAAAACAUCUAAUUGAAUUAAGAGGUUUUCACUUCAAUAUCACUGGUGGGCAGCAGUCUGUCUUUCACCUUGCCCUAGCACUGAUAAACCUGCCCAAACGCAAGUGAGAACAGCUGGUUAAAGUUUGAAGUGAAACUUUUUAUACCCAAGUAAAACUAUGUGACGUUUGUGUUGUUCGCCUUUUAUAUUAUAAAAUGUACAGAAAAGUUGUUUUUUAUUAUUAUUAUUAUUUUACACCUCUAGUUUGAUACAGCACUGUUAUGAUCCUGUACAGUACUGUAUUUGAGUUUGAGUGAUGAAUUUAACCAUCUGGGGUCCGAGGGUGUUUUCAGACACACAAAUGAUUUUGGCAUGUUCUGAUGUUGUUGAACAUCUCUAAGCAGUAUUUUCAAAGUACCAUUAUUUUUGUUUGUAUUCAGUACAAGUUCAGCUACAAUAAUGUCUAAGUAGAAUGAAUUUCAUGAUUGUACCUUUGUUUUAAACUUCAGGGUUUUUUUUGUGUGCUAUUCGAAAAAAAGGGUAUUUCCUUGCAUUGCCCAUGUUUGACUGCAUAUUUGGUGGUUAUUGCAGCAAUAUAUCUCAACAUAUAACAUAAAAAACACCUUUUCUAAUUGACGUCUGUAUUUCCCCUGAACCUUGCUUGAUGAGUCGCUCAAGUAAAACUCUACUGUACCAUAUGAAUCAGUAAUGCCACUAAAUACUGAAUGACGCAAGUGUCAGAAGUGGUGCUAAAUGAGCUAGGUGGUUGUUCUUGAUCAUUCUCUCACCUUCAACUGUAAGUAGAGGAGUUGGUUUGAUCUUUACUAUUUGGCUUUGACUAAUUGUAAUUACUCCAUCAAGAUUAUUAACACUUUUUUCGUCUGUCUCAGUUUACUGCACUCUAAAUAUACCCUUCUUAUUACCUUGGAAACUAAAUGGUGCAAGUUACAUUUAACUGUGUCUAAAAUUAUAUGCUGUUUUAAUCUAAUAUGAAAUGAUGCCAUAUCGUUUGAAUGCACCUCCCUUUUGACAUCAGUGGAUGUGGAAUAUGUCUCGGUUUUAUAUCUGAAUCACACUUUUUACCAUUUAUGGUAAGAAUAUGUUACUCACGACUGCAUUUCACACUGAUGCGUUGAAGUGUUAAUAUAAAUAGAAAAGAAUAAAGCAACAUGGGAGAGAUGUAAAUUUUUUAAGAGAACAUAUUCACUGGAAAUGGGAUUUCUUCUGACAAGAUUGUCCUUCACAUUUUUAAGUGGCCUUUUAUAAUGUCGCCAUUUUACGUACUGUAGUCAAGUACUGCAGGCAAAGUGGAACUCCGCUGAUUUUACACAGGAAAGUCUGUUUACAGGUCUUGGGGAGUACGACUACAUAUGUGAAUAAAGUAGUUUGAAGACUUUUUUGUUUUCAGA